AUGCUGGAAGCUCAGAGCAGCAGCCGGCUGGCCCUCCUGGCGGUGCUGCUCGUCCACUCGGUGGCCAGUGUGUGCGGCCAUUGCUGGGAGAGCAGCUGGUGCCAGGACCUGGACACGGAGGCGGAGGCCAUGGCCGAGGCCGAGCCCGGGGCCGAGGCGGAGGCGGAGCGGCAGGCGCGGCCGGAGGGCAAGCGCUCGUACGCCAUGGAGCACUUCCGCUGGGGGAAGCCCGUCGGGAGGAAGCGGCGGCCCGUCAAGGUGUUCCCGGCCGAGGCGGAGGAGGAGUCGGCGGAGGGCGCCGCGCGGGAGCUGCGCCGGGGGCUCUCCUGGGACGCGCCGCCCGGCGACGGGGAGCCGCCCGAGGAGGCGCCGCACGACGGCGCGGCCUACCGGAUGCGCCACUUCCGCUGGAACGCGCCCGCCGCGCCCAAGAAGAAGCGCUACGGGGGCUUCCUGGCGGCCGAGCGCGGCCACGCGCCCCUGCUGACUCUGCUGCGGAGCGCCGUCGCGCCGGGCGCGUCCCCGCGGGGCCAGUGA